CUCAUCUCCCCCGCCUGAUGCAGGUCUCGGCCACUCCGCCGAACUGGCGUUUGCUGUGGAGCCAAGCGAUGAUGUUGCAGUCCCUGGGCAGCCUGUAGUGCUGGGCUGCAAGGUGGAGGGGACCCCUCCAGUGCGAAUCACCUGGAGGAAGAAUGGGGUGGAGCUGCCCGAGAGUACCCACUCCACCGUGCUGGCCAAUGGGUCGUUGAUGAUCCGCCACUUCCUGCUGGAUGGAGGAGGCAGCCCUUCAGACGAGGGGGACUAUGAGUGUGUGGCUCAGAACCGCUUUGGGCUGGUGGUCAGCCGGAAGGCUCGAAUCCAGGCUGCAACCAUGUCCGACUUCCACGUGCACCCUCAGGCCACCGUGGGUGAGGAGGGCGGUGUGGCCCGCUUCCAGUGCCAAAUCCAUGGGCUUCCCAAACCCCUGAUCACCUGGGAGAAGAACAGAGUCCCCAUUGAUACAGACAAUGAGAGGUACACACUGCUGCCCAAGGGGGUCCUGCAGAUCACAGGCCUUCAGGCUGAGGACAGCGGCGUCUUCCACUGUGUGGCCUCCAAUGUCGCCAGUGUCCGGGUCAGCCAUGGGGCCAGCCUCACUGUGUCAGGCUCGGGCUCUGGGGCCUACAAGGAGCCUACGAUCCUCGUGGGGCCUGAGAACCUCACCCUGACUGUGCACCAGACCGCCGUGCUCGAGUGUGUCGCCACGGGCAACCCGCGCCCCAUUGUGUCCUGGAGCCGCCUGGAUGGUCGCCCCAUUGGGGUGGAGGGCAUACAGGUGCUGGGCACGGGGAACCUCAUCAUCUCAGACGUGACCGUCCAGCACUCGGGCGUCUACGUCUGUGCAGCCAACAGGCCCGGCACCCGGGUGAGGAGGACGGCACAGGGCCGGCUGGUGGUGCAAGCCCCAGCAGAGUUUGUCCAGCACCCCCAGUCCAUCUCCAGGCCGGCUGGGACCACAGCCAUGUUCACCUGCCAGGCCCAGGGUGAGCCACCCCCUCAUGUGACGUGGUUGAAGAAUGGACAGGUGCUGGGGCCAGGAGGCCACGUCCGGCUCAAGAAUAACAACAGCACCCUGACCAUUUCUGGAAUCGGCCCUGAAGAUGAGGCCAUCUACCAGUGUAUGGCCGAGAACAGCGCUGGCUCCUCUCAGGCCAGCGCCAGGCUGACUGUGCUGUGGGCCGAGGGCCUGCCCGGGCCCCCCGUCAACGUGCAGGCGGUCUCUGUGUCGUCCACUGAGGUCCGCGUGUCCUGGACCGAGCCCCUGGUCAACACCAAGGAGAUCAUCGGCUAUGUCCUGCAUAUCAGGAAGGCUGCUGACCCACCAGAGCUGGAGUAUCAGGAAGCAGUCAGCAAGAGCACCUUUCAGCACCUGGUGAGCGACCUGGAGCCCUCCACUGCCUACAGCUUCUACAUCAAAGCUUACACACCCCGGGGGGCCAGCUCAGCCUCUGCCCCCACCCUGGCCAGCACUCUAGGUGAAGCCCCUGCCCCACCCCCACUGUCAGUGCGAGUCCUGGGCAGCUCCACCCUGCAGCUGCUGUGGGAGCCCUGGCCCCGGCUGGCCCAGCACGAGGGCGGCUUCAAGCUGUUUUACCGCCCAGCAAGCAAGGCCUCCUUCACCGGCCCCAUCCUGCUGCCUGGAACUGUCUCCUCUUACAACCUCAGCCAGCUCGACCCCACUGCAGUGUAUGAGGUGAAGCUGCUCGCUUACAACCAGCAUGGGGAUGGCAAUGCCACAGUCCGCUUCGUGUCUUUGAGGGGAGCAUCUGAGAGGACAGCCCUGAGCCCACCAUGUGACUGCCGGAAGGAGGAGGCCACCAACCAGACGUCUACCACAGGCAUCGUCAUUGGCAUCCACAUCGGGGUCACCUGCAUCAUCUUCUGUGUCCUCUUCCUCUUAUUCGGCCAAAGGGGCAGGGUCCUCUUGUGUAAGGAUGUAGAAAACCAGCUCUCCCCUCCUCAGGGCCCCCGGAGCCAGAGGGACCCUGGCAUCCUGGCACUGAAUGGGGCGGGACAGGGAGAGCGGGGCCAGCUGGGCCGAGAUGGGAAACAUGUGGACAUGAAGGAACUGGAGCAGCUAUUUCCCCGAGCGGGGGCCGUGGGGCAGCCCGACCCCAGACCUAACCCCAGACCCACGCAGGACCCCGAGGCCCCUACCCUGUGUGAGGAGACCCAGUUCUCCAUGCUGCCGCUUCAGGGGUUCGGGCUCCUGGAGGAGAUGACGUCUGAGGCCAAGGCCCCCUGUGUAGGCCCCCUCGCUGCCCUGCCACCCCAGGACACGGGCCCCGGCCUCCUGAGUGAAGGACCAGCCGCCCUGCCAGCUCGCUCGGGACAGUAGCCAGUGUCCAGGAGGCUCUGGAGGGAGCAACCCCCCAUUCUCAGGUCAAAGGCAAGAUUUCUCCUGUCAUGUGGGAUUCGGAUGGGGGCUUCCCAGCAUUUCUGUCCUGACUGCUCCUCUGAUUGUCAAGACUUACAGUAGCCUUGGCAAGGGACACCCUGCAAGGACCCGGAGGGGUUCCUGCGGGAGCCCCUCCCUUGGGCCAAGGCCCCCCCCCCCCAACCUCUGCCUGGUACCCACAUGACUUGGAACUGAACUAACGUUUUUCUUUAAAAAAAGAACAAACUUAAAAUUUAAAAAAAAAAAAAAGGGAAAGAGAAGAGAGAGAAAGGUGAAUUCGACUCCAAACAUGUGCCCCUGCUGUGGCUGGGCCCCUGACACUGUCACCCUCCACGACUUGUUUUCUCAGGAUGGAUUUUUGCUGUUUUGGCUCUCAGCACCUACCUCAGCCGGCAUGAAUGUCCUCAGGGGAGUGGGGCCGUGGCCUCAGCCCCCCCGCCCCACAGAGCCCCGAAUGUACUCCUACCUCGAGCCCCUUGAGGGGCACCCCCUCUCCCUCCCCACAUUGUUGUCCAGAGUUUAGGAAAAAAAAAAAAAAGGAAAAAAAAAAGCACUUCCCCAUUUCCAGGUGUGAAAGAAAAUGUCUACCUCGAGGCUCGCUGGCUCCCGGGCCUGUGCUGUAUCAUUGGACCCUCCCUCCUGACUCCUCACCAAGUGUGGGCUUCUCGGGGCCUGCAGAAAGAAAGAUGGAAUUGGUCAAA